AAUGACGUUUCUCCAUUAUUCCAUAGUCCACCGAAAGUGAAUCGCAAUAAAUUUAUUAUAAAAAAGAACCGAAAGAUAAAAGCCAUAACUUUUACACACAAAGAAGAGAUAUAACAUUAAUCAUUGUUCCUAAUAUACCUGUUUCUAAAACUGUCCUCGCCUAAUAACUUUCACGAUGACCUCCGAGUUUUUGCAAAUUGCCGGUGCAAUUGUCCUUCCUAAUGUGGGUGGCAUUGUCAAUGCCCGUAUUACAAAAAAUAAUCUCGAGAAUUGGUAUCGUCAUUUGAAAUUCCCAUCGUACCGUCCACCAAAUUGGAUUUUCGGUCCAAUGUGGACAUCGUUGUAUUCUGGAAUGGGUUACGCCUCGUAUUUGGUUUGGCGAGAUGGCGGUGGUUUUGGUGGAGAUGCUCAAUUGCCAUUGAUUGCUUAUGGUGCCCAAUUGGCUCUAAAUUGGGCAUGGACACCAAUCUUCUUUGGUCAACAUAAUAUUUUUGGUGCUUUGAUUGAAUUGCUAGCAUUGACUGCUACAUCAUCUGUUUGUGGUUUACUCUUCUAUAAGACCAAUAAGGUAGCUGGUUUGAUCUUCAUUCCGUAUGUAGCUUGGUUAAGUUUUGCUUCUUUACUUAACUACGAUGUCUACAAGCUAAACCGUGGCGAUAAAGAUAAGAAAGCCAUAGAAGCUCCAACUUCCAAAAAAGAAUAAUCAUUUGAUCGGAAUUUUUGGUCGCAUUUAUAAAUUGAUAAAAUUAUUGUUCAAUA